CAUGACUAGGCAAGUGGAGGUAAACGCUUACGGGCAAUUGGACUGAAGGGCGUUUGGGUACGAUAAUAUUUGGAGAGUUGGGAACAGUCUGAGCCCCAUACCUGUAAAACCUCGCCUAAGUGGUUUGACAAAUAUCGUUUUCUUUUUAUCUUACACGAGAUAACCCCUCAAAACGGAUUUCAGAGACUUGGACAGCAGUGCUAGUUGGCAACGACUAUAGAAACGAGGAUCCGUGGACGAAAAAGCUUUUUGGGGAUUAAAUUAUUCCAUGAUCACGUUAUUUUUUUCUGUAGAUUAAUUGAAUGGUUGGCACUACUAGUCCACCAAUUUAGCAAAAAAACGUAUGGCAGAUCCAAACGGACAAUGGAUGGGGGUCACCGAUGGCUGAAACUCAAUCUAUUCAUCUGAAUUCACCCAUCAAGCGAGUAUAUAAUGCGCUAUAAAGUAGCCUAAUUUCAGCUAAAUGGUUCAGGGUGACAAUAGGUUACGUCAAACACACCAUGUUAGUGAAACUGGACACUGAAAGCAUGCGAAACAAAUGAGACCGUCUUUGGACUGAAUCAACAUGUAGUUGGCACAGUUCCUAUCCAUUUGCGUCCCCGCCUUUUUACAACAGGUUGCGCACUUGGCCUUCCACAAAUGCACUUAUAGCGCACAGUUUUGACAUUGCUCUUACUUUCGGACUCGAAUGUUACAGAUUUCGGCGCCAUGGUUGAGCACGGUGGCCUUGACCUUAUGUGUUUAAAUAAGUCCUACAGUCACAGUUCCUCUACCUCGUCCUCCAGCUCAGAGCGAGAAAAGAAAAUAUUCACCAAGUUGAAAGUCAGUUUGACUGAGGACUAUCCGCAGAAGAAUGCGGAGAUCCUGAGCGGCCAGUAUGGGACUAAUUUACUUUUGAUCGGCGUGUCGUUGAUGCUGGCUAUUGCGCACCAUGGCGCAUCCGUGAAGGAAGAGCACCUGCUGUCGUUUAUCACGACCCUCAUGAUCCUCCAGCUGAUAUGGAUGAUAUGGUACAUCGUGAGCAGAGACAGGCAGAGUAACUUACAGCCAGAAAAGGAUGUGCAUGCUACUACCUGUUGGAUAAGAGGUGGGCUAACUCUUCUUGCGCUCCUCUCGUUGAUCAUGGAUGCCUUCCGUAUUGGGUAUUUUGUGGGCUAUCGAUCAUGCGUGUCGGCUGUUCUAGGGGUGUACCCUAUCAUCCACGCAACUCACACAAUAGCACAGGUGCAUUUCCUUUGGUUUCACAUCAAGGACGUCAUCAAGGCCUUCGAGACCUUUGAAAGAUUUGGUGUAAUCCAUGCAGUCUUCACCAACCUGCUGCUGUGGUGCAACGGUGUGAUGUCUGAGGCUGAGCACUUCCUAAACAACCACAAGAGAAGGCUCUCUUCCCUGGGCUAUGUAAACCUCACCAUAGUGGAUAUGGAGCCUCACUGUAAUUGCACUACCAGCGCCUGUUCCAUGUUCUCCAACAGCCUCUACUACCUUUACCCCUUCAACAUCGAGUACCACAUCUUUGUCUCUGCAAUGCUCUUUGUCAUGUGGAAGAACAUAGGGCGCAGCAUUGACCUCCAGUACAACCGGAAAAGGCCGGCUACCAGGACCCAAGGGCUGGUGGUUGGCCCCAUCCUGGGUCUCGUUGCCCUGGCCAGCACCAUCGGUGUGCUGGUGGUCUACAUCAUCCAUGUGGAAGAGUCGAUGGACACCCGGGAGUCGGCCAUCGCAAUGUUCUACUGCUACGGCAUCGUCAUGCUGGUGUUCAUGUGCUCGGCCGGGGCCACGGGUCUGCUCAUAUACCGUGCCGACCCUAUGCCCAUGGACACCACCAAGAACCCCUCGCGGACGCUGGACACAGAGAUCCUGUUCGGAUCGUCGGUGGGCUCCUGGCUCAUGUCCUGGUGCAGCGUAGUGGCUGUGGCAGCCUCAGGCAGCAGCCCGAGCUACCGCUGGACCAACCUGAUGUACUCGCUGCUCAUCGUCCUGGAGAAGUACAUCCAGAACCUGUUCAUCAUAGAGUCCCUCUACCGCCAGCGGGAGGACGGUGAGAGGGAGGACGCUGAGGUGGCAGGGCCUGUGCCAGAGAUCUACUCUGUGACCUCCUCCUUGGCUCCGCCCUACAAUGGCAUCAUCAACCGGGCGUACGAGAACCCAGACAAGGGCUGUGUCACGCUGGAGAACGAGCAGGAGGAGAACGGACAGGUUUACGGAACAUUCAGCCCACGGAAACAUUCAGCAGUGCCCCUGCACGUCGGGAACAACGUGGCGGAGACCCCGAGCAAGAAGAGGCAGAUUCUGAAGAACAUUGCUGUCUUCCUCUUCAUGUGCAACAUCUCACUCUGGAUCCUCCCCGCCUUUGGCUGCAGACCCCAGUAUGACAAUGGCCUGGAGCAGGAGACGUUUGGCUUCACCAUAUGGACAACAGUUCUCAAUUUUGCAGUGCCAAUGAACCUCUUCUACCGCAUGCACUCUGUGGCCUCCCUCUUCGAAGUUUUCCGAAGAGUGUGACAAGACGAAGAGGGACCGACGAGACAACAUAACAUGCACAAGAACACUUGUCACCAAGGGCUCCAUAGAGGAAAUGAAUAGCAACACAGGUCAACCUUUCAGGAGGUGCUCUUGUCAUGUACUUUAGACUUCUAAAUAAGCAUUGAAACACAUUUGUCAGUUUAGGGGGCUUAUUAUACUAGAUGAGAUGUCCCUUGUAGCGAUGCAUCUUCAGAAACAUUUUAUAGCACCAGAUAAAAACAACAAAUUACAUUGAUAUCAGACCCUGGAUUCAAAUAGUAUUCGGAAUCUUUCAAAUACUUUAGCUGUGCUUGUUUGAGCUGGCCUGGCACAAUGUAAGCAAUGGA